GGUUCGUGUUUCAAGUAGAACGGAAGGAUUCUUCAUUUUUCCGGCAUUUAAAGAGUUCUAUUCAACUAUUUAUUCCUCCAUAUUUGAAACAUAUUUUAAACAAAAAACUUAUCAAUAAUAAAUCUUGCUAAUUAAUGAAUUCACGUGUGCAUUUGAUUACCUUGACAUCAGGUUUAUCAUCGACAACGUUGACAGUGUAAGAUAAAGUGGUAAUGAAAUCAAAGUGUAUGUGUGUGUGUGUGUGUAUGUGUAAAGGGGAAACAGUGUAAAAAAAAUAUAAACGUUGCAUUUCUUGGAAUAAUUAUUUUUACAAUAACCUGUCAAGUUUUUAAUAUAUGAAAUGGAGUUUUUGGAGUCUCGAGGGAUGAUUAUGAGUUUAAAUUUCGACGUUUUAGCACGUCAGUAAGUGUCUCUUUGAAGAUAAAGAUGAAAACAAGUCGUCGUCCUUCAAAAAGUGUUACUGCAUGACAAAGUAUCAUUGGAUUAUUUGGCUUCUUCAUCCACCAAGAAAGCUAGUAAAUAUAAUCAAAACUUUGUCUAAUGAUUUUGUCAGUAUGAAAAGCCGAAAGAGACGUCUUGGUGAUCAACGAAAAACCAAUAAGCUGUGACAGACAUUUAUUUAGUUGCUUCAAUCACUUGGACUGUCAGUAUUAUAUUAAAAUAAUUUGAUGAAUAAUUAAACCAAUUAUUGAUGAUUAGUUAUUUGAUAAAUAAAUAAUAAAAAAAGGAGAAUGAAAACGAGAACAAGACCUCGGCCUCUUUGGCCACACCGGCGUCUUGUUCGGGCUCGCGCGAAGAACGUGCAUGGCAUGCGGACGAUCAGUGCAGAUGGUUGUUGGUUUAGGCGAAUUAUUUCUACAUAUAAACCGUCAAUGGAGAAAUGAGCGUGGCUCUUGAUCACUACCAAAAGUGGCUUUGAGAGUAAUCACUGGCUCUUUGAAUGAGCCACGCCACCCCAAACAACACAAUCCUGGCGGAAACCAAGACAGAAAUGACUGCAGUACAGGGCAAAGAGAGCCCAGUUGGGUCCAACAGUCAAGAGACAACUGUACAUCAGUAUGUUGGACCCUAUAGACUGGAAAAAACUCUAGGGAAAGGUCAAACUGGUCUGGUUAAGCUUGGCGUUCACUGUGUACUUGGUAAAAAAGUGGCAAUUAAAAUCAUCAACAGGGAAAAAUUGUCGGAGUCCGUGUUGAUGAAAGUGGAACGUGAGAUUGCCAUCAUGAAGCUCAUUGAUCAUCCCCACGUUCUUGGACUUUCGGACGUUUAUGAAAAUAAAAAAUAUCUUUAUCUCGUCCUAGAGCAUGUGUCAGGGGGUGAACUCUUCGAUUAUUUAGUCAAAAAAGCUCGUCUAACGCCAAAAGAGGCAAGACGAUUUUUCCGACAAAUCAUAUCUGCAUUAGAUUUUUGUCAUAGUCACAAUAUAUGUCAUAGAGAUUUGAAGCCUGAAAAUUUGUUACUUGAUGAAAAAAAUAAUAUUAAAAUAGCGGACUUUGGAAUGGCAUCAUUACAACCAGCGGGUUCUAUGUUAGAAACAAGUUGUGGAUCUCCUCAUUAUGCGUGUCCUGAAGUUAUCAGAGGAGAAAAAUAUGAUGGCAGAAAAGCAGACGUUUGGUCUUGUGGAGUAAUACUAUACGCCCUUCUUGUUGGUGCAUUGCCUUUUGAUGAUGAUAAUCUCCGACAACUUUUGGAAAAAGUUAAAAGAGGCGUAUUUCACAUACCACAUUUUGUCCCACCAGAUUGUCAGAAUCUACUUCGAGGAAUGAUUGAAGUUAAUCCUGAUAAACGACUUACGUUGGCAGAGAUAAAUAGACAUAUCUGGGUAACCGCUGCUGGUAAAGGCGAGUUAGAAUUGGAACUUUCGAUGAUGGAAGUUGUGCAAACACACGUUAUUCCAUCAGCAGAUUUGAUAGAUCCGGACGUUCUUCAAGCUAUUGCAAGCCUCGGUUGCUUUAAGGAAAGAGAUAAAUUAAUUCAAGAACUGCUUAGCCCUAACCAUAAUACUGAAAAAGUUAUUUACUUUCUUUUACUGGAAAGAAAGAGAAGAAGACCAGCUUAUGAAGAUGAACUGGAAGCCGUAAAAGUAGGAAUGAGAGGUUCAGCAGGAGCCUUAGAAGCAGACCCACCACGGAAACGAGUAGACACGUGUCGGGUUAACGGAAGCACGACGUUAAACCUUGGUCAAAUCAGCCAUGGGUCACCUUUGACUCCUCGAAGACAGUCUAGAUCUAUGAUUGAUCCCGACAGCACGAGACAUCAUACUCGACGACCUCCAAGCACUGGAUCACAUACCCAUGCAUCGCACUCGCAUGCUUCCACUCCAGGAAGCUCUCCUCUUCAUGGACCAAACGUUGGCGGUUUGCUGAGUCCACAUCGAGUAAUUCCUAGCUCUCAUCAUGGACAAAGUCCUACACCACAUCGACUGUCUAUAUCUGGAACAGCUAGUGGAAAUGGUACUACGCCAAGUACCACGACAACCACUACUACUUCAACAACUCCUAGUGGUGGUGGUCAACCGCUUUCUAACGUCAGCAUUGAGUUGAACGAAAUUCAGUCCAUUGGAUUAACACCCCCUGGAUCACCACAUACUGGAGCAGGAACUGGUGCUCAUCAUUGGAGAUCUAGACUCACGACUAUUAAAAAUUCCUUUCUCGGAAGCCCUCGUUUCCAUCGACGUAAAUUACUUACUAGUACUGAGGAGGUUCAUCUUACACCUGACUCUUCACCUGAGCUUACAAAAAAGUCUUGGUUUGGUAGUCUUAUGGCAACUGAAAAAGAUGAAACAUUUACAGUCCUCGUAAAAGGAAAACCACUUGCAAGUGUAAAAGCAGAUCUCAUUCAUGCAUUUUUAUCGAUAGCAGAAUUGUCACACAGCGUAAGUUCUCCAAUGUCCUUUAAAGUGGAAUACAAACGAAGUAGUACUGCACCUGCAAUGUUUCAACGUCAAGUUCGGUUUCAAGUGGAUAUCAGUGCUAUUUCUAUUAAACCAAAUGAACCUUUAUUCGCCAUUACGUUUACCUUAUCGAGCGGUAAUAUCCGACGAUUUCGAAGGGUUUGCGAGCAUAUACAAUCUCAAGUGUGCUCUAGAAACAUUAAAUUAGCACUCGGUGCUCAAAGCAGAGCAGCACCGCCCAGUCCACGAGCUUCUCGUAAAUUUACUACAGAAAUGAGUGAAAGCUCAAGUUGUGGAAGUGACACCAGUGAACGGCUCUUCCUCAGUCCACACCCUGCUACCAGACAGGUAGUUUGUUUUAACAAGAUUGAUUCUGAUCUCGAGUCAGAAACUUCUGCGUUUGACGUGAAAUCUCCGACUCACGAAAACGGAAGACGAAGUUCCACCUCUACAAAUAACAAUAAUCCACCAGGAGAUGGUACGUCUACACCCGGAAGUCCACCUAAAGCAGUACGAAGUAAUUCAGAAAGUCAAAAUACUCCAGAAAAAAAGUGUGUCACAACAAUGAGUGGUAGCAACAUAGCGUGAUACUAUGAGAACUUCCGGGUGGAGUUUUGUUCGAGUCUUGCAAAUCUUUGGAACAGUACUCAACGACUUUGGUGAGUUAUUAAAGCAAAUAAGUGUUUAAACUUUCACAAUAUCUCUGUCCAAUCAGUUGAUUACUUGAUGCCAUCGUUAUCGAUUUAAAACGAUUAACAGAGGCUAAAAAACAAAAUUCAUUUACGGAUUAAUAUAAACGAAUAAAUUGGAACUCGUAUGCAAUGGCUCGAAAGCGGAUAAAUAUCUUAAAGAAUUGCGCAAAUAAUUGAUAAUUAAUUAAAAUGAUGAUAAUGAAGAGAGAGUCUGAAAACAUUAUGUAGGUAUUAAGAUAUAUUUUCUCAACAAACAUAUCCCACGGCUGACUAAGAAUAUGAUUAUAUUUCAUAAAUAAACAAUUAAAAGAAAUAAAAUAAAUGUGCAAUGAAACACUUUUAUUUAUUAAAGUGUUUUUAAUUAAAGUGGCAAUCUAUCCUGAUGAAAUAUUGAUAGUCGAAUAAGUUGCUCCAAUAAAUUUAUACCCAACUAAAAUAGAAAAUAAAAAAUGGUUACUAAUACGAAAGUAAAAAUUGAUGAUUAACUGAUUAAAAAUAAAUUCAAAAAAACCGAUGAUAAACGACAGUUAAAAUGUCUGUUGAUUGAUCCAAUUAUUUCAUUAAAAAAUGAUUGACUAUUUAAGGUACACAUCUUGAGUAAUUAAUUAACAUCUACUGUCAACGUGCAUUAUUGGAUUUACGUAUCGAAUUAUGCAUUUUAAGUAAUAAAUUAGCGCACAUUAUGAAAAUUCUAUAGUUUGCGCAUUUAAUUAGAUAAAAAAUAAAAUACAGCUUGAAUUAAAAAUAAAAAAUAAUGCAGACUUUACAUUAUAUUAUUUCUGAUAAUUAUUGCUAACA